AUGAGGGCCCACACAAUCAGACAUGAUCUUUUCCCGCUUGCUGCUUUCGACGCAGUAAAUGCCACGCGGCGCACGUCUGCUGCCGGUCCGGAGGAGAGGCCAGCGGUGGGAAAGGUCAGGCCCAUCACCAGCUGCGUAAUUGGCAGUGACAGACCUGUGAAACAGCUCGACGUGCGCAUCUCCAGCUUUAUAGAUGCAGCUCGAGUCGGAUCAGGACAUCAUGGGAAAGACUCGGGACAAAGAGCAGAUAUUUUGAAAGAUAAAGCUGGUGCGUUGGCCCUGAAUCUGCCAUCAACAAAGACUGAAUCUGCCAUUAACAAAGACUGA